AUGUUGACGCAUCUGGAGGUAGACGAGCCGAAGCGGCAAAAUAGUGAGAGUCGCAGACCGCAACGCGGACACACACGGCCCGCGGUCCCGUUCCUCCAGACGUGGACCGACAGCGAUGCGGGACUUGAACAAUAUUUAAAGGGAAGACACCACCUCUGUUCCACCUCGGCAACAAAAACCUCCUGCCACACCAAGCAAACUUUUUUUUGCUUCCUGUGUAUCGUUUCGCAAGCAGACAAGAUGACGAACUGUCUGAGUAAAUUGCCUUACGUUUCCGCUGCGUGCGGGACGGCUUCCCUGCUCGUGUAUUUCUUCCCGUCGACUCUCUUGUCAUGCGUGCCACAUUCAGCGGAGACGUCUCCUGCGUUGCUGAGACUUUUGUCGACUCUUGUGAACACAAGUUUCAGCUGCCUUUUCGGUUCGGCCACAUGGGUGUUCUUCGUCAUGUCGCCUAUUCUUCGGAAGACGUUGAGCAGGUGUAAGCUGGCGGAAGUGCAGUCGAUCCACUUCCCAAUUUUUUUCUGCGCGUCCACGGUGCUUUCGUCGACGCUUCUCUCGACUGUCUGCUAUAUGGGCGUCGGCUACAGCAAGUUGCACAUGGCUGCUGCUGUCAACGUUCUGGGGAACCUCGUCAAUUCCUGCUACCUCGCGCCGCGACAGAUUUCGCUUUUGGAACGAAGAAGAGAGUUGGAGGAGCAGCUCGGAAUCGACAACACGGAUACCGCAAUGAACGCUGCAGAAGUGGCUCGGCGCGCCGCACGCGGAGGCGACGGUGACCAGGCUGCCGCUGCGCUUGAGUACCAGGAUGUUGUGAAGGCCUUCAAACUGCACCACUCUCUCGGCAUGGCUGUUGGGUUUGUUUCUUUUGCUGCUCUCUUGCCGUUUCUUGUGUCAUAA